CAUUUAAUUAUCAGUACAUUUCCCGAAAAAUAUACAUCUAGACAGCCAGCAUCUCACUUUGGGACCGAAAAGGUGAAGAAGAGAAAAGAAAGUCGAACUCCAUCGGUCCACCUUAAAAAACUACGUCACAUUAAAGCUCCGCCCCCUUCUGAGAUGAGCGGAAGUCGAUGGAAAACAGGCAGGCCAGACCGAGGAUCUGACAGCGAAUAUACGCCUCUGUCGCUGGGGGAUCCCACAAGCUCUUCAGACCUGGAGGUUGUUUAAUUUUUCUUUGUCUCGAAAGUCCGAAUGGUGUAAAAAAAAAAGAAGAAGAAAAAGACAAAGUCAACAUGGUGGACAUCUCUUCGCAUCCGCGAUCGACGCCGAAACUCCGGUCGUCACUUUUCUUCGCCUUUCUCCUUGUUGUCUCCCUUGUUGACGCCAGGACGCGAACCGUCGCCCCCUCGGCGGAGGAACCGGGCGAAACUUACGACAGGUACUAUAAUUACGAUGCGCUGACGGAACGGCUGCAGUCGUUAGCUCGUAAGUACCCCCACAUAGCUAACCUGUCGAGCGUCGGGCAGUCCGUGGAGGGCAGGCAGCUCUGGGUGAUGCGGAUCACCAAGGACCCCCCCGCCGACGGGGGAGACGCGCCGGGGAAACCCAAAUUCAAAUACGUGGGCAACAUGCACGGGGACGAGACGGUGUCCCGGCAGGUGCUGGUCUACGUGGCGGAGUACCUGCUGACUGGAUACGGAGCGGAGCCGCGCGCCACGGAGCUGGUGGACACCACGGAUGUUUACAUCAUGCCCAGCAUGAACCCGGACGGCUUCGAGAAGUCUGUGGAGGGCGACUGCGCGGGCCGCCACGGGGGUCGCAACAACGCCAAGAACAUGGACCUCAACAGGAGCUUUCCAGACCAGUAUUCUGGGACCAGUGCGAACCCGGAGACCAUCCCCGAGGUGAUGGCGGUGAUCAGAUGGAUCCAGGAGAAAAAGUUCGUGCUGUCGGGGAACCUGCACGGCGGCACCGUGGUCUCCAGUUACCCGUUCGACGACUCCGCCAUCCACGAGCGGCAGGGCCGCUACAGCCAGGCGGAGGACGACGGCCUGUUCCGCUACCUGGCGCUGGUGUAUGCCCAGAACCACCCCGGGAUGAAGACCGGCGAGCCCAACUGUCCCGACGCCCCCAACGAAACUUUUAAAGACGGCAUCACCAACGGCGCUCAGUGGUACGACGUUACCGGUGGGAUGCAGGACUACAACUACCUGCAUGGCAACUGUCUGGAAAUCACCAUGGAGCUGAGCUGCUGCAAAUAUCCUCCAGCCUCUGAGCUCCAGAAGGAAUGGGAUCUGAACAGGGAAUCCCUGUUGGCCUUCAUGGAAAAGGUCCACAUCGGCGUCCAUGGUUUUGUGAAAAAGGCCAUUGUGGGUACGGCCCUCGCCGAUGUCAGCAUCGUGGUGGCGAGCAUCCGCCACAACCUGACCACGGGAAACACCGGGGACUACUACCGCCUUCUGCUCCCUGGGACGUACAACAUCACGGCCGUGGCCCCGGGGUACAUACCAAUGACGGUCCACGGGGUUCUGGUCGAAGAGGGCAAAGCCAAAGAAGUGAACUUCACCUUGACGCCUGAGGGUAUCGCUGUGACCACACCCGCCGUGCCGUCCACCGAUAGUCCAACCGUCGCCACCACCACCGACGCCACCGACUCCACCCAGACCCGCUCGGCGCCCGAAGCGGCCGGCGACCACAGCCCCCCUGCGCUCCCACCUGGUCGUCAGCCCCUCCAGCCUCAGGAGUUUCGCCACCACAGCUACGCGGACAUGGAGCUGUUCUUGCGCAAGUACAGCAGCGAGUUCCCCUCCAUCGUCCACCUUUACAGCGCCGGCCGCUCCGUGGAGGACCGCGAGCUCUACGUGAUGGUCAUCUCGGACAACCCCACCGUCCAUGAGCAUGGCGAGCCGGAGUUUAAGUAUAUAGCCAACAUGCACGGGAAUGAAGUGGUGGGCCGAGAGCUGUUGCUCAACCUCAUCGAGUACCUGUGUCGUAACUACGGCUCUGACCCGGAGGUCACGCGGUUGGUCAACAAUACCCGCAUUCACAUCAUGCCUUCGAUGAACCCCGACGGAUACGAGGUGGCCACUGAAGGUGAUGCGAGAGGAUACAAAGGGCGCAACAACAGCAACAAGCUCGACCUGAACCGCAACUUCCCGGACCAGUUCUUCACCAUCAGGGAGCCCCGGCAGCCGGAGACCAUCGCCGUGAUGAACUGGGUGAAGAGCAUCCCCUUCGCCCUGUCGGCCAACCUUCACGGAGGCUCCUUGGUCGUCAACUACCCCUACGACGACGACAAAGACGGGCUGUCUGAGUACAGCCGGUCGCCCGACGACAGCGUCUUCAAGCAGGUGUCCAGAGCCUACUCACGGGAGAAUCCUCUGAUGCACAACGGACACCCCUGUGCUGACAUGUACCGCGGGGAGUAUUUUCAGGACGGCAUCACCAACGGCGCCAACUGGUACAACGUCCCAGGUGGCAUGCAGGACUGGAACUACCUCAACACCAACUGCUUCGAGGUGACCAUCGAGCUGAGCUGCGUAAAGUACCCCAUGAGCAAAGAACUGCCCAAAUACUGGGAACAGAACCGACGGGCCUUGCUUCAGUUCAUACAGCAGGUUCACGGUGGCGUUAAGGGUACCGUCUCUGACUUCAGGGAUGGCACAGGAAUUCCCAACGCCACCAUUAGCGUGGAGGAGAUCGACCACAACGUCACCACCGCUCAGACCGGAGACUACUGGAGGCUGCUGGUCCCCGGGACUUACUCCAUCACCGCCUCCGCCCACGGUUAUAAACCUGUGAGGACCUACGCCACCGUCUCUAAGGAUCAUGUGGAGAUGGUGGAUUUCAAACUGACACGCCUCCACUCGGACCCUCACGGCCAGUCGCCCAAUGGACCCCAACCCACGCAGAACCCCUCGGAGAAGGCGUUCCAGAGCCUGAUCAAGGACCUCUCUCUGGGCCAGGGGCUGGAGCAGCUGGUCAGCAGCACGGCCGCGGAGAGCAGCUUCCGCUACAGACGCUACAAAGAGCUCUCCAGCUUCGUCAGAGGCCUCACGCUCAACUUCCCCAAAAUUACAGCUUUGCACAGUUUAGGCCAAAGUGUAGAGUUUCGAACCAUUUGGGCGUUGGAGAUCUCCAACCGACCGGGGGAACCGGAACCUUCUGAGCCCAAGAUCCGCUUAGUAGCCGGUAUCCACGGCAACGCCCCCGUGGGCACCGAGCUGCUGCUGGAGUUUGCCGCCCUCCUGUGUAUCAACUACGGCAAAAACCCGGUCAUCACCAGGCUGAUCAAUGAGACCCGGAUCAUCAUCGUGCCUUCGAUUAACCCCGAUGGACGUGAGCAGGCCGUUGAGAAGCAGUGCACCUCCAGCCAGGGCCUGACCAACGCGCACAGCAAAGACCUGGACACGGACUUCUUUGGCAAUGCGUCGCAGCGCGUCGUGGAGGCCCAGCCAGAGACCAGAGCCAUGAUGGACCUGAUCCUGGACAGGAGCUACUCCCUGUCCGUGGCCCUUGAUGGAGGCUCCCUCGUUGCUACCUACCCUUACGACAAGCCUGUCCAGCCUGUUGAAAAUGAGGGCACGUUGAAGUACUUGGCAAGUGUUUAUUCCAACAACCAUCCAAAGAUGCACCUCGGGGACACUGGAUGCACUGGGCAGAUGGGCAACAUCCCAGACGGAGUUAUGAGGGCGGCGGAGAGACAAAGUCACAUGGGAAGCAUGAAGGACUUCAGCAUGGACUUCGGUCACUGUCCAGAGAUCACCGUGUACAGCGGCUGCUGCCUGUUCCCUCCGGCUGAGCAGCUGCCCGCCCUCUGGGCCGAGAACAAGAAGGCUCUCCUCAGCAUGUUGGUGGAGGUCCACAAAGGGGUGCGCGGCGUGGUGCGGGACAAGAGUGGAAAACCCAUCGUCGGGGCCAUCAUCGUACUGAACGGGGGAGUCAGCGUCUUCUCCGGAGAGGGCGGCUACUUCCACGCGCUGCUGGCGCCAGGCAACCACAACAUUGAAGCCGUUGCCGAUGGAUACCAACAACAACGUCAAGAGGUGGUGGUGUCCUCCUAUGAAGCGGCGAGCUUUAUCGUCAUCGAGUUCGACAUGGACAACAGCAUCUUCGGCCUGCCCAGAGAGUUCGUGGUGGCCAGUGCAGCGGCCUCCAUGACGGCGCUGGUGGUGACGGCGUGCAUCAUCUGGUGCGUGUGCGCCGUCAAGUCCAACCGGCAUAAGGACGGCUUCCACCGGCUGCGGCAGAACCGCGAGGACUACGACGACGAGAUCCGCCUCACCUCCAUGGGCUCCAAGAAGUCGCUGCUCGCCAACGAGUUCAAGGACGAGAGCGAGAGCGACGAGGAGACGCUCUACGCCAACAAGAUCUGAGGAGGAGGAAGAGGAGGAGGCGGGGCCCCGUUCCGUCGGCUCCGUAGUUUAUUUACUUUCUCCCAACAGUUUCAAAUCUCCUAGACGGCAUUUUUUUGUCUCCUAUUUUUAUGACAGGGAGGGGGGAGAAUAUAAGGAGUGAUAAAAGACUCUUUGUUCUGUUGUAACAACAAGGGGAACUCACUCCCAGUCACUCGGUUAGAUAAGUGCGACUAAAUUAUUACGUUAAGAGCAUCCUGCUGGCGUCUGGACUGGAAAGGGGGCGUGGCCUAUUCUCUACCUGACUGGAUCAGGAGGAAAAAAGACACAAAACAGGGUGAGAGGAAAUAUAUGUGGCGCUCAUUCAUCCAUCCAUCCAUAAAGCAGCUUUUUUUUCUUCAUUAUGAUUUCUGAGCCACGCAUAGAUUGCUCUUCUUCGAGAUCACCACCUGUCCUUACCUGGCUGAGGGGUUCCAGCUGAUUGAGUCUAGAUUUAUUAAUAUAUAUAUAUAUAUUAAUAUUUAUAUAUAUUAAUAUAUUAAUAUAUUUAUUUAUAUAUUAAUAUAUAUAUUAAUAAAUAUAUUUAUAUAUUAAUAAAUAUAUAUUUAUUAAUACAAAUUUAAUAAAUUAACGCUAAACGAAAAGGACUUAAUUGCUACCUCGAAAGCGUUCCCGAUCCUUUUUUGGGGGGUUUGGGAAGACUUAAUCCAAACACUGUGCCUUGGCUUCCAUAAAAGUUUAAUUUUUGUGACUCAAAGCGCCAACGUAGUGAAUAGAUAAUAUUUCAUCCCUCCUAAACUCAGGUGGUAGGACAAAGUAAGUUAUGAUUUAAAAUAAAAAAGGACUGCCGAGUCCAGCGUUGCACUGUUUCUGCACACAGGUGACUCGAGGCGGUUCUGGUCUCGGUUCAGUAGUUUAUUUUUUUUGUAUUUUGAGUCACCGUCCCGAUGGAGGAAAGUGUACUUUUACAACAAAAAAGCUUUUUGGAGCUUCAGGGGAAUCCGUUACCAAUGAAAUGCUUGAGUGGAAACCCUCCCCAGGAAGUGCAGGGUGCUCUAAUGUAUGCAUUGAGGUCACUUUGCACUAAAUGGGAAACAAAUAUUUGUUUUUUAUUGUCCCCCGUAUCACGGGGCCAAGACGAUUAACGUUUAUAAAUAUGUAAUCAUAAAAAAAAAAAUAAAUGGAUUUGUUAUCGUUUUUUAUUGUAGGUUAAUUUCAAAAUCUGUCGACAUGGAUGUUUGAGUGUGCCCUGUUUUUAUCAUGGAUGUGCAUUCUCACUGUUCACAUAAAAAGGAAUAUGAAUUCAGUUUUCUUUUCAAUGUUUUAGUGUUUAUUCUCCCACUAACUUAAUACUCUGGAGUGCAAAGGUAUCCUCUGGUUGUCUAUUUACUGAUCGCUGUCUAGGAAUCGACGUCGGCGCCAUCCGGCGACACAAUUUAAAGAUCUUGUGCAAAGAAAAUGAUGCAUCAUCAUCCGUGUGAAAGCUAGAAAAUGAACCUCUUUGAGUUGAAGCUUUAACAUUUUUACAUGUGAGUGUUAUUAUAUCCCUUCAGCCAGUCUUCAAGGAAAGUGGCUUCAAAGAACAUGAUACUUUGGUGCAAAAUAAUAAUAAUUUGGAUAUUAAAGAAGCUCUUUUGUCAUCCCACAAUAUUUAAUUGGGGUAUAACAUCUAGGGAGCAGGUUUUAACUUAAAUGGAAUUACCAAAACAAACUAAACACGGGUUUCAUAACAUCACACAUCUGUGCAAACAUCAAGAUCAUUUAAAAAUAAGCUCUUGGGAAUGCCAUGCAUGUUUGAAGGAAUGGACUCUUGUUCCCAAAAGAAUUUGCCUUGAUUUCUAAUUUGAGAGCCUUUAAAAAAAAAAAAAUCAAAUACAUCCGCCGUCAGUAAAGUUUAAAAUAAUAACCUAAUUUCUGCGUUGGAGACUAUUUUGUACAUACUUUUUCCUUAUGUCUGUUGAUGCUUGUGUAUGCAUUUUUGAAAGAUUAGUGUGUGUGUGUGGGUGUCAGGGGGUCACAGUGUUGGUGUGAACAUUUUAUAUGAACUGGAAUCGACUGUAAAUGUUUGACAAAUUGAGAAUGGGCAAAAAAUAAAGGCGAUUCAUGUGAAUCCAUGAAUUUACACCAAACAUUCAAUAAAAACCUGUGUGAUCGUGA